CAUUUCCUGUAAUAAAAAGAUGGUGGUCAAAGCCGAGAGAAGCAGCUGACUCGCUGAAAUUAUUUCAGAUUAAAAAAAAAAAACUUUACAGUGCCUAGGACUACCAAAACAAAGCUACAUCGAUACGCGUCCUGCGACAAGCACAGCAGAGGGAAGCGUGUCGAUUACGGGACAAAUCGGGGGCCAGAAGCAGAGCCUUGAAGAGCUGCGGAUUGCGGGGAAGAGCCAGCAUGUUUGCCUGAGCUGGGAGAUUCAGGACCCCCCCCUCCCCUCCCCAGGCUUAUCCCCUGCGUUAUGGCAGAGUCCACUACCACCCAGAAAGAUCUGACAUCAGGAAAUGAACCCAACUGCAGUAGGAGCCAAAUAAAGGACAAGGAGACAUAUGACCACGAAGAACCGAGCAAAAAGCUGAAGGUCGAGCAUCCAGCCUGUGUGGCUAUAAGCCACCCGAAAGUAGACUUCUGGUUUUGUGAAGAAUGCAAGGAGUAUUUCAUAGAGGAAUGUCCCACCCACGGGCCUCCAGUGUUUGUGCCAGACACUCCCGUGGAGUUUGGGGUCCCCAACCGCGCAGCCCUCACUGCCCCCUCUGGGAUUGAGGUCAUUCAGGAUGGGGACGAAGUGGACGUGUGCUGUGUGGACAAGGAUAUCCCAAAAGGGGCUCUCUUUGGACCCUAUCAGGGGGAAGUUGUGUCACAGGAUAAAUCCUCAGGCUUCUUCUCCUGGAUGGUUGUUGAUGAGAACAAUGUGUACAAAUCCAUUGAUGGUAGUGACGAAACAAAGGCAAACUGGAUGAGGUACGUGCGGACCUCGGCUGAGGAUAGCGAGAGGAACCUGACAGCCUUUCAACAUGCCGAGCACAUUUACUUUCGUGUGUGUCGUGACCUCGUGGUGGGCGAGAAGCUCCGAGUGUGGUACAGCGAGGACUACAUGGCACGGCUGCACAGUAUGUCCCAGGACAGCAUCGACCGGAACCUGGCCACAGGUGGGCCGGGCACAAGGAAAUGUGAGGGGCCUCCCCAGCGAGAGACAAAGGGGCCAGUACUCAGAUCAGCGCUACACGGGAGGCGCACGCUCAGCAGGCAGGCUAACGAGGAGGGUGACUGCCAGCUGCAGACUAAGAAGAAGAAGAUUGACCUCAUUUUUAAAGACGUUUUGGAAGCAUCGCUAGAAGACUCCAAAAACAUAGACAGUCCACUGAACAGCACUUUUCCUCUAAGGCGAACCAAGGGGCAGCAUGCCUCCAACCUCCAGCCCAAAAGCUUGUUGACCCAAGCCUCACCCUACCUGAAAGAGCAGGAGUACAAGCCGCUGGGGCUUGCUGCCAGCCCGGAAGGAGUGGAGGGUGAUCUGGGUCCAGGCUGUAUCAAGCUGGAGGGCCAGAAUGAUGGCCCCAGCUUGUCUUGCGAGGGACCCUCCACCUCAUUUUGUCCAAACUGUGUGAAGCUGAAGAGGAGGAUUAGGGAGCUGGAGGCAGAGCUGGAGCGCCUGAGGGCCGGCCCUCAGGCGGAGCCUGUGAGUCACGUCCCUCCCCAGCCUGAACCGCCUCUGCUCGAUGAGCAACAAGCGGCAGAAGCCAUGACCCCGAUCCCAGUAACACUAGAUGAUGAUGACCAAGAUAUGGAUUCUGCUGAUGAGUCCAUCACUGCCGAUCUCAUGGUGACCGCAGAAGAGUCCUCCAAGCUGAUGGCCGGGCCAGGCAGACGGAUACGCCGUUUCAAGCAGGAGUGGCUGAAGAAAUUCUGGUUCCUGCGCUACUCGCCCACACUCAACGAAAUGUGGUGUCACGUUUGUCGCCAGUACACUGUCCAGUCGUCGCGCACCUCAGCCUUCAUUAUUGGCUCCAAGCAGUUCAAAAUUCAUACCAUAAAGCUGCAUAGCCAGAGCAACCUGCACAAGAAGUGUCUACAGCUGUACAAGCUGCGCAUGCACCCAGAGAAGACUGAGGAAAUGUGCAGGAACAUGACGCUGCUCUUCAAUGCUGCUUACCACCUGGCCCUGGAGGGCCGGCCUUUCUCCGACCUCCGACCCCUGGCUGAACUGCUCAAAAAGUGCGAGCUCAAGGUGGUGGAUCAGUACAUGAAUGAGGGUGACUGCCAGAUCCUCAUCCACCAUAUUGCCCGGGCACUGAAGGAAGACCUAGCAGAGAAGAUCCGCCUGUCCCCCUUCCUCAGUGUCAUCAUGGAUGGUCAGAACAAUGACCUGCUGACAGACACAGUGGCUGUCUAUGUACAGUUCAUCACUAGUGAUGGCCCUCCUGCUACAGAGUUCCUCUCUGUGCAGGGACUCAGCUGUACUACAGCCGACGGGUAUCUCCAGGCUAUAGACCGGGCAUUUUCUGUGCUAGGCCUGAGGCUGCAGGACAUGUUGAUAAUUGGCUUUGGCAUUGAUGGGUCCAAUAUUUCUUCUGUAAUGAGAGCAAACAUCUACAUUUCUAUGAGAAGGACUUUCCCUUGGGUGUUUUGUUUGCCAGUGAUGAUCCAUCGACCACACCUAGAGGUGCUGGAUGCCAUCAGUGGCAAAGAGCUCUCCUGCUUGGAGGAUUUAGAGAACAAUCUUAAACAACUGCUCAGCUUCUAUCGCUACUCCCCUCGCAUGAUGUGUGAGCUUCGCGCUACCGCGCCAACUCUCUCAGAGGAGACCGAAUUUCUUGGUGACAUACGAGCCAUCCGUUGGAUCAUUGGAGAGCCAAAUGUUUUAAAUGCCCUUAUCAAGGACUACCUAGAGGUAGUGGCACACCUUAAGGAGGUUAGCAGCCAGACUCAGAGAGCCGACGCAGCAGCUAUCGCCUUGGCUCUCCUGCAGUUCCUUAUGGACUACCAGUCCAUCAAACUCAUCUACUUCCUCCUGGAUGUCAUAGCUGUCCUCUCACGUCUGGCAUUUAUUUUUCAAGGGGAAUAUCUUCUAGUCUCCCAGGUGGAUGCAAAGAUUGAGGAGGCCAUUCAGGAAAUAGGGCGUCUCGUGGACUCCCCAGGGGAAUAUCUGCAGGAGUUUGAGGAGAACUUCAGGGAGAGCUUCAAUGGUGUUGACCUGAAGAACCUGCGAGUGGCUGAGUCCAAGUUCCAGUCUAUCCGAGAAAAGAUCUGUCAGAAGAGCCAAGGUAUCUUAGCUCAGCGCUUCGAUGCACGAAGCCGCUUAGUUGUCAAAGCUUGUCAGGUUCUGGACCUAGCCACUUGGCCACGCAACAGGGAUGACCUUCGAGUCUAUGGUGAGGAAGAGAUCUUGCUCAUCUUUGACCACCUGGAGGCCAUCCCUUUAGCAGACCGAGAGGUUGCCCAUGACAGGGCAGAUGAAAGGGGCAACUUAGUGGUUGAGUGGAGGGACCUCAAGGCAGAUUACUACAGCAUGAAUGGCUUCAAGGAGGUUGCUGGUCAUAUCUGCCGAUACAAGCAGCGCUUUCCCCUUCUGAACCAGAUAGUGCAGAUUGUCCGGGUCCUGCCUACCUCUACGGCCUGCUGUGACAAGGGGAGGGUGUCUCUGCAGAGGGUGAGAAGGAACAAUCGCUCGCGGCUCACACUGGACCAAGUGAAUGACCUGCUGAUGCUAGCUGUCAACGGGCCACCUAUCGUCAGUUUUGACAGCAAGCGGGCACUGGAUAGCUGGUUUGAGGAGAAGUCAGGGAACAGCUACUCACUGUCCACAGAGAUGUUGAGCAGGAUGUCAGCAGCUGACCAGAAGUCUCUUCUGCAUAGCAUAGAUACAAACACAGAGUUUUAUCCAGACAUGUGACUGGAAGUAUUGAACCAUUUAGUCCAAAAAGCCAUCCCACAGAGGUGUCACAUGACCCCAAGAUUAUUUUGUUGCUGCUAAGAUAUGAUUGUCUUGUUUUAUGAGUGAAAACCAGUUAGUAAAGUUCUGUGUUAGUGUGUAGUUUAUGCAAAAGUUACAAACACAAAUAUUCGGAUAUAUAAAUGUUUAUUUAUGUAUUUACACUGCAGAUAUUAAACCUGCUCAAAGGAAAUUCAUUUAUCUAUGGAUUGUAGAAGAAUCUUCCGAAGGUAUUUUAACUUUUUCAGAGCAGAUUUUUAAAGAUAUAGAUUUUUAUAUAAAAACAUUGUAUAUUCAGUUAUGAAAUGUACCCUUUAUAAAAUGGAUCACAGUAGUAAAAGCUGGUGGUAAAUUUAAACUUAAUUGAGGGGGGGGGGUGUCAAAGCCUUGUUUUGUAACUCCCAACCAGCCAAGUAUCUACCAAUAUAAUGAAAAUUACUUCAGUGACUAAGUGACCACCUCAGAGUUGGAUCUCACAUCCUGCCUAAACAAUCAGUAAGCUUUUUGGUGAAUAUUGAGCGGGUGUUUGAUUAAGCUCAUAACAAUUAAACAGAUGUGGCAUGUGGCACUAAUGAGUUUGCCACGUCAGUGUCAAGCAUGGUCUUCAUAACUACAUGCACACUUAUUUGCUUUUCUGUGAGUUAUACAUGUUGAAACACUCAGAUAUUUUGAGAAAUUGCACUUUGAGUGAGGCUGCUCAAACUAGGAGUGAUUGUUGUCCAGUCUGGAAAAAAAAUGCUACAGUCCAGACUUAGUCAGGGCACAACAAUUUUUUUAAAUUGUGAUUGUUACCAAAAGAUGUGGCUAAAUAAGCAAGAUGUGGUGCCAGGUUAAGGUAUAAAUCAACCAAGGAAUGUCUCUUGUGGUUGUCAAAGUAAUAUCUGGUGUGUGGUAUUGUUAAAUGUGUCAUUUUUAAGUUUUUAAGUAAUCAUGCCGCAUUUGUCUAUGCUUAAGCAAUGUUUAAAAGCCAUAUGGGGUUGUGCCAUAACAAGUUCCUGUAACUCAUUUGGAAUGUUAAAUCUGUGCUGAAAAUUGGUGUAUAUGCAGCCUGUUCUUAUUGUAUAUAUAACAUAUAUACAAUAUAGUAUAUAAUAUAUACAAUAUAUAGUAUAUAUAUAUAUAUAUAAUUUGCUUUACAUUUGUUUUUGAUAAGCCUUUGAUAUCGUGAUAGUACUCUUAAUAGUAAGCAAUUACUUGCAUAACAGUCGAUAGCCUCAAUCUGAUAAUCACCUUCCAAUGUAAUAUUUAUAGAAAGUUGUCCUCUCACUGAUACACUGGAUAAAAGAUUUUUUUCCUAUGCGAUCAGUUUUGCUCACCAUUCCAUUUAGUUUACACGCCGUCUUCCCAUUAUAUAUGGUGGUGUAAUAUCAGGCGUGUCUCUAUGUAGGGGCAGGCCACAGCUGAGGCUAACAUGAGCCAAGUAAUGAAAAUUAUUGUGCCUGCUAUUGCUUGGUCAUUGUAAUACAGACUGCAGAUAGGAUAGGAUUUAGAUUACAAGGAUAUAGUGUAUAUUUAGGAGGGGUGUAACGGUACACAGAAUACACAGUUCAGUACAAACCUCAGUUUUCAUUUCACGUUUUGGUGCAGUUUUGGUACAGAAAAAAAAUUAUUAUAAAAACUGCAAGCACACAAUUAGGAACAGCCGCAAUCCAAAGGCAAUAUGCCUGUCAACAUGUCUAUAACAAAACCGAAAAGAUGCUUAUUUUCACUUUGUGAAAACAAAUAUUUAAAAUAAAUGUUCUAGGGAAACCCAAAUGUUCCCAAACCACCAAUACUCAGCAUUAGCAAUAACCAACUCACAGCCACAAUUAUCACAGUGUUGUGGAACAUGUACUGUACUUGUGAGUCUUGUUCUGCCCAUGUCAAUAAGUGCACCAUUACAACCCUAAUAGUAAGUCAAAAUGACAUAUUCAGAUGAAAUGUAGCUGCAUACAAUCUAUGAAGAAAAUUAAAUCACUUAUCUUUUAGCCUAUUAUUAUCCAGGCAAGUUUCCCUUUUGAACCCUCUGUUUUCAAAGAACUGAUAAAAUGUUAGCAUUUCAUUCCUUGUAACCUAAAUUGGGUGUUGGGAGGCUGUUUUAAGAGAAAAAAACAUCAGCUCAUGCAUAUUCUCUUUGCAGUUAAAGCUAACUUUGCUGCAUCGACAUAACUUUUUGUAGGGUAUCUUCCCUAAAGUUUUCUCAUACUCUGUACGGUCAUUUACUUUUAAGCUGUGACCAAGAAUACUUCUAUGUUAUUUCUGCAUGACUGAGAUAAUAGUUUGCUUGUGGUUCGUCAAGCCCAGAAUCCACCUAUAGUCUUUUUUUGUUCUUCUAAUUUAAUUAAGCAGGGAUUUUUGAGAAUUGGUCUGACUUUGAGAAUGCACUUAAACAUGCAGCGAUGCAGCAAGCUUCCAAGUCUGUAAUUGCGCCUCUGUAUGAGCUGCGUAUGUAUGUAUGCAUGCUGGAGUCAGUGGGAAUCUCCAAGCUAACGAUUUUAUUUGCCAGUGGCUGGAUUCACUGUAAUGUUACGAUAGAACUAAGAAGAGUUGAUCUGAUAAGUAUAGCCAAGAAAUAUUUAGUGAAGUGUAUUGUACAUGCGUACAUGGAGAAAAUCACGUAUGCUGUACCUGCCUCUAGAGAUUUUAAUGACAAUUUUUAUAUUAAAUAUUGUGUGUGCAUGGGAAAUAAAUGUUUGAUAUUUAGUAGCAGGGACAAGUCAUUAAAUGUCAAGCUUUUUAUGCCAAGAUUUAAAGCUAAAUGAUGAAUUGUAUUCUCUAGAUACCAUCCAAAGGCAUAUUUAUUCACAUUUCCUCCUCUCCAAGAUGGUUUUUGCUGAAUAAAUACAUUUAUUUUCUUUAGCAAUUGCAAGGUUUGUCUGAAGCGUAAACCAUGGCAUGUUAAAUGUAGUGGUGUACUUUAAAGGUCAAUUUUUAAUAAAUAUGUUAAUAUCGACAGAAAAUAGAAAAUGAAAAAAGGUUAGUAAAGAGGUUCAGCACGUACAAAACCUACGUUGUUUUGUCUCUGAAAACAAUACAAUAGGUUGGUGUGGUGUUUGUAGAGGCCAAGGAGAAAAAAAUAAGUAUGUUUUUGGAUGAAGAGUCAGUCACCUCACAGUGAGGUAUGCAUUAGCAAUGAAUAAGCUCACCUUUUUAUAGGGAGUAACUAAAAAAUGCUAUGCUCAGUCACUUUCAGUAAAGAAUACAAAUCCUGUUGAAUCAAUGGUAUAUUUGGUUUUGUUGGGACUGUUUCAUUUUUUAUUUUAGUGUAAUGAAAAUAUACUCUUAAUUGCAUUUUAUCAAGUGCACAAGUAACUCCAAGCUUUGUCAUUUUGAAUGCUAAUGUCAAUAAGUAUCCUUUCUGUUAUAACCCGGUUUUGUCUAUGUUAAGUGGUAUAUAUCUGCUUGUAAUGUCUAUAUUGUAGAUGCAUUUAUAGUUUAUUGGUUUUGUUACAGUGUUUUUACGCUGUCUUACUCCUCUGUGAAAAUUGUCGAGGCCAUUUUGCGAGUUUAUCCUGUGUGUGACCCUGUAUUACACCUAAGUUGCUAAAGAAAAAGAUACUGGAUGAAAUUGUAAUUCAGUGCUAAACUUCACCAACCUCCUCUUCUUGAAUUCGCUUUAACUUUCUUAUUUGACACCUUUUUAGAAGUGAGCUUCUUGUACCAAACAUAUAUUCCAAAACGGAGGCACUUUUACUGACAAAAUAGAGACAAUGUCACAAAUGCAGAAGUUGCAUUGGUUAUUGUACAAUGACAUGAAAAUAAUUAUGUUCGUUUUAAUGUUGACUGUUUGGGCCUGACUUGGCAUGUCUGUAAGGAACUUUUUAGCUGUGAAUGGUUGAAACUUUUUUCUGCACUUAUUUUCCUGUUUUGUAGAGGGAGUAUGUGGAAUAUUGGAAAUAUGUACACAAAUUUCUAUGCUACAUUUCAACAGUACCUAUUUGAAAUACAAAAAUAUUUAACACUGGAGAAAUAUUAAGCUAUAUAUAAGAUAUAAACAAACACAUGUAUGAUACAUAAACCUACUCAAAGUUACAGUGUUACGUUAUCUCUAUCAAACAAAUAUUAAUAAAACUUGAUACCUUUUCUAUUA